AUGCGGCUAAACAUUACAACACCCAAUGAAAGGCACGAAGAGGCGUGCACAUGUGUUGCUGUAUCACUGAUGGGUGAUGUGAUCAGCGCUGGUGAUGACUUUGUGCUUCGACGCUGGAGUGCGAAUGGAGAGGCACUUGGAAAAGUACAGCAGUUUGAUAGCUGUAUUACUUACAUUACAUGGGUACCUGUGCAGGGUGGUCGUAGAGGUCGUGGUGCUGCUGCUGGUACUAUUGAAGGAAAAGAUAAUUGUCUCGUGGCAUGUGCAGAUGGAACUUUCAGUUUUCUUAACGCGGCAUCAGGACGAGUGGAACGUACAGUGGAUGCACAUAUUGGAACUAUUACAGGACUUGUAUAUUCCGCUGAUGCCUCUUCUAUUGUAUCAUCAGGUGAAGACGGUUGUGUGAAGGUUUGGUCUCAAGCUGGUAUUCCACGUACAACACUUGUUUCUGCAGGAAAGUGUGUUUAUGCACUUUGUUGGGGUUCAGAGACGACAGAGCUUGGAGGUGAUUGUGUACUUUACUGUGUUGGAAGUGACGUAAUCAUUAAACCUUUAAAUCCAACUAUUAAGAAACAACAUAAAUGGAAGGCUCAUAAUGGAGUUGUAUUAACUGUGGAUUGGUCACUUAUGACAGGAUAUAUUGUUACUGGAGGUGAGGAUGGAACAUAUAAAGUUUGGGAUCCAUAUGGACGUAGUAUUUAUGUUUCUGCAGCUGGUGAACAUCCAUGUACAUCUGUGAAAUUUUCAGCUGAUGGUGAAAUGUUCGCAGUUGGAUCAUUUAUGAAUAUAAGAGUUUGUGAUAAAACCGGUUGGAGUCAUACAUAUGAACGUCUACCAGAAGGUAGUGCCCUUUCAUUACAAUGGACAACAGAUGGAACUCAAGUGGUAAUGGGUUGUGGUAGUGGGGCAGUUUGUACAGCACAACUUGUAGAUCGCAAAUUAUACUGGAGCCAAUACUGUGUAACAUUGGUAGAUGGUAAUAAACUUCUGGUUCAGGAUGUUUUAACAGAUGCGGUAGAGGAAUUGGAAUUACGUGAUAAAGUUAUCAAAUUGGAACUUGGUCAUGGCUACCUUGUAGCAUGUACAACUACUCAAUGUGCGUGUUAUCCUAUAGAGAAACUCUCUGCUCCAGUACAGUUUGAUCUUCGGGAUGUGGUGAUUACACUAAUUCUUGGACCCAAACAGUUUUUACUCGCAGAUUGCAAUUCCGGUAUGCAAGUAUACUCUUAUGAGGGUAGACAAAUAUGUCUGUUACGAUUACAAGCUACAUUACGACCAGAAAUUAUGGCCCCUGAUCUUUUAUCACUUUCUUCAGAUACAGUGGCUAUGCGUAAUCCUGCAGAUGCAAAGAAAAUUCUAUUUUUUGAUACAAAUAAUGGUAAACCCAUUGAAGAAGCAACUAUUGUACAUCACCUUGAAGUGGUAUCACUAGAACUUUCACAACCUGGAGCUAUGAAUGACCGAAAAAUUGCUUUUGUAGAUCGUAAUCGAGAUCUAUACUUUGGUACAGUACAUCAAAAACUUGGAGUACAAAAAAUCAGUACUAUGGCAUCUAAUUUGGCUUGGCAUGAUACACAUGAAAUAUUAGUGGCUAUAGCUGAUGGACAUUUGACGACAUGGUAUUAUCCAACAAUUGUAUUUUCUGAUCGUGAUUUACUUCCCACGACAAAAAUAGUACGUGAUGAUGUUGCAGAUGAAUUUACACAGAAUGAUCGUAUUGUUGGAUUCAAUGGUACCCGCGUAAGUGUACGAUGUGGUCUAGAUGGAGCACUUUUGACUUUUAAUGCCUCACCAUAUCCUUCUAUGAUAUUUGAACAUGUGGCCCGACAUGACUGGAGUGGAGCAAUGCGUCUGGCACGUUUUUUGGAUGAAAAACCUCUUUGGGGUAUUCUCACUGGUCUUGCAUUACGUCAUGGUGAAUUAAAUGUAGCGGAGGUUGGCUAUGGAGCUUUAUUUGAAUUGGAUAAAGUUCGUUAUAUGCGUUAUGUGAAGAGUAUUCCCACACCUGAGGGACGUCAGGCGGAGUUGGCAUUAUUUCAACGGCGUCCUGCAGAGGCGGAGCGAAUUCUUAUGCAAGCUGGUCUCAUCUAUCGCUGUAUUGAUAUGCACACCCGACUAUUUAAUUGGGAGCGGGCGUUGGAGAUAGCGGUGGAGCGAAAGACACACGUGGACACCGUACUCGCACGGCGACAAAAAUAUUUACGUGCGGUACAGAAGCCGGAGACUCUUCCGAUGUUUAAUGAACUCGCAGCGACUGUGCAGGUGGAUUGGGAUACAGUGCAGGAGAAGGUGCGGCAGGAAUUGGCGAAGGAGGCGGCAAGGCCCGGUGCAAGGCCGUACCAGUAA